UUACGCACGUGUGCGAGCUGUGGUGAUGACCCGGGAUGACUCAAGCGGCGGGUGGCUGCCACUCGGAGGGAGCGGGCUGAGCAGCGUCACUGUCUUCAGAGCCCCCCGUCCCGAGGAGAACGGCUGCGCCGGCCUCUUCAUCCGGGGAGAGCGACUCAGGGACAAAAUGGUGGUUUUGGAAUGUAUGCUUAAAAAAGACCUCAUUUAUAAUAAGGUCACUCCCACAUUUCACCACUGGAAGAUCGAUGACAAGAAGUUCGGCCUCACCUUUCAAAGUCCUGCUGAUGCUAGGGCUUUUGAUAGAGGCAUUCGGAGAGCUAUAGAGGAUAUUUCUCAAGGGUGCCCACCAUCGAAAAACGAAACUGAAGGGACAGAAGAUGACUUACAAGCAACUGAAGAAGACACUUGUAGUUCUCUGGUGAAAGAUCACCUUUUUCCACAAGAGACGGUUGUCACCAGUGACCCCUACAGAAGCUCCAGUGUGAGACCGUCUCCCCUUGAAGACCUGAGCGCCAGGAGGGCGUACUUGCAAAGCCAAGGCAGUCAGAUAACAUUCGGCCAACCAGGACUAGAUAUUCAGAGCAGAAGUAUGGAAUAUGUACAACGGCAAAUAUCUAAGGAAUGUGGAAGCCUUAAGUCCCAGAACAGGGUUCCUUUGAAAUCAAUCAGACAUGUCAGCUUUCAAGAUGAGGAUGAGAUUGUGAGAAUAAACCCUCGAGAUAUCUUAAUCCGUCGGUAUGCGGACUACAGGCACCCUGACAUGUGGAAAAGUGACCUGGAGAGAGACGAUGCCGAGGCCAAUGUGCAGUUUUCUAAGCCAGACAGUAAAAAAACAGACUAUCUCUACUCUUGUGGGGAUGAGACUAAGUUAAAUUCACUCAAAGACUCUGUGGUAUUUAAGACACAGCCUUCCUCAUUAAAAUUUAAGAAGUCAAAGCGAAGGAAAGAGGACGGUGAGCGUUCUCGCUGCGUCUACUGCCAGGAAAGGUUUAAUCAUGAAGAGAACAGCAGGGGGGGCUGCCAGGAUGCUCCGGAUCCCGUAAAGAGAUGCAUCUAUCAAGUCAGCUGCAUGCUCUGUGCAGAGAGCAUGCUAUACCACUGUAUGUCAGACUCGGAGGGAGAUUUUUCUGACCCCUGCUCGUGUGACAUGAGCGAUGACAAGUUCUGCUGGCGAUGGUUAGCCCUGGUAGCGCUGUCCUUCCUUGUCCCCUGUAUGUGCUGCUAUGUCCCUCUGAGAAUGUGCCAUCGCUGUGGUGAGGCGUGUGGCUGCUGUGGUGGCAAGCACAAGGCUGCUGGAUGAAGCGAGCCUGGGCCCGGCUGAGCUUAAAAUCUUUGUUUCCAGGAAUUAGCUUACUUGGAUUUGGGAAGCUUUCGGCAAGCACCAUGCACACUUGCCUGGCGUCCGUGGGCCGCUCGCGGGGAAGCGGAACUCGUCGGUUCUCGGUAUUUUACAGACACUGGCCGUGCCUAACUUUCCCUUUGGGCGCAUGGCUUGUUUUGUUACAGGUGCAGAGUAUUUGCUGAAGGAAAACAUUUCUGGUUAUUGGCUACUAAAAAGUCAGCAUAAAAUAUGAUCCGACUAAAAGGGAUUGCUUUUUGGCAUUUUUGUGUAUUUAUGCAUUAGGUGACAGAACUUGUAAAGGUUCGAAUUCAUUAGGACACAAACUAAACAGUGCUAGAGACAGUUGAUUUCAUCUAAGAAAAGUUAACACUUGGAAAUUACAAGAAGUUAAACAAGUGCAACUAAAUCAUUCGUUGUUUUUUGAGAGCAGGUUUAUGUAUAAAAUAACAAAUGUUUAUAUUUAACUAAAUGUAAGGUACGAAUUAUUACAUAUUAAACUUUUCUUGCCCUUCCUAGUUCUGGAGUAGAUACAUAUCUACUGUCACAUUCCAUAUAUUUUGAAUAUUUAACUCAUUUAGUUAAUAACAUUUUUAUUCCAUAUAAAGGAUUGGAUAUUUUCAUCAUUUCUCUUUGGCUACAAUUUAUAUUGAGUUAUAUCUGUACAUUCUGGUAAUCUAAAAUCCUUAAACAUAUUCUCAUCGCCUUGAGUGACCAACUUUUUUUUAAAGCACAGAUGUAAUUGUCUAAUCUUCAGAUGGGACGGAACACUUAUUUUUAU